CUUAGUACACUCUGCGUACACUCUAGUAGUAGUAUUCUUGGUGCAGCAACAUCGACCAGUGUCAGUUUUCACAUGUAGAAUACGGGAAUAUAUAUGACACUUAAAUAACAGGAAAGCAUACCCACGGCCGGGAAAUGAUUGGCGCAAAAACCAGGUCAAAAAGUAAGUCAUUGGAUAAAAUGGACAUCGAAUCAAAAGAGAAUGGCGUCAUAUCCAAUGGUUUUCAUGGUUACAAAGAAGGCUAUAAAACGCUCGAAAAUUCAGAGAUGAAUAGACGCUUGACAAAUUUGUUCAACAAGCUCAUCCUCCCAUUGGCGCUUGUUGGUCUUACCCCUCAGAUAGUAAUGCUGUAUUGGUAUACGAACGUCAAGUUUGCCGGAAGUUACUCAACUUUGAUCGCACACUUCCGUAGCGACUCCGUUCUUGGAACAAUUGUCGCAAUGUGGAAUGAACUUAGCAUUUUUAACACGUUUACUGUGGGAGUCAUUUUUGGCUAUUUCGCCUGGGCACUGUUUUGGAUGGUCGUUCUACCGGGAAAAGAAGUUCACGGACCUGUGACACCAAAGGGAAACGUGCCGCAGUACAAAGAUAACGGCUUCCUGCAUUACUGCGUCACAAUGGCUGGGUUCGCUAUCCUAACCAUUGUGCUGAAGUACAACGGCUUGACCCCCAAGGUCGUGUAUGACCGCUUUGGUGAGUUGCUGGGGUUUAUGAACGUGUUUGCUCUUUGCUUUGUCUUCCUCCUGUACAUCAAAGGGAUAACCCGCCCGUCCACAUCGGACAGUGGGAAGACAGGAGGUGGCUUCGUCUUCGACUACUACUGGGGCACGGAGUUGUAUCCUCGUAUUUGCGGAAUAGACGUCAAAGUGUUCACUAACUGUCGAUUUGGAAUGACCGUCUGGCCACUGUUGGUCUGUAUAUACGCACUGAAGAGUUACGAGAUUCACGGUUUCGUAGACAGCAUGUUCGUCACUACGAUUCUUCAGCUGACAUAUAUUACCAAGUUCUUCACAUGGGAAGCCGGAUACAUGCACACUAUUGACAUCAUCCUUGACAGAGCCGGCUACUAUAUAUGCUGGGGCUGUCUGUGCUGGCUGCCGUCCCUGUAUCCAAUCGUCAGUCACUACCUCGUCACGCACCCACUCCGUCUCGGCACUCCACUUGCCACUAGCAUAUUGGUCUUUGGGUUGUUUUCUGUUCUGAUCAAUUACCUCGCCGAUCUACAGCGCCAGGAUGUACGCAAGGCAAACGGAGAUUGCCUAGUCUGGGGUCGAAAACCAGAUCUUAUACGUGCAAAGUACAGGAUCGAGUGUGGCGAAGUAAGGGAGAGCAUCCUGCUGGCUUCCGGUUGGUGGGGACUGUCCCGCCAUUUUCACUACAUUCCGGAAAUCCUUCUGUCGUUUUUCUGGACGGUGACAACCGGAUUUGAGUAUGUUCUUCCUUACACGUACGUUAUUGUUCUCGUUAUUCUGCUCACUCACCGCAGUUUCAGGGACGAACAGAAGUGUAGCAUGAAGUACGGAGUUUACUGGCAAGAAUACUGUACCAAAGUCAGACACCGAAUCAUACCGUUUUUGUUUUAACAGCUUCGAUACUCGUGUUUGGUUUCUUUUCACUUUUUUUCUUAAAACAGAAACAAUUUAAAUACUUAAACAGCAGAAUAAUGAAUACUACCCACUUGGUUUAAGUUUAGCUCACCAACAGCAUGUUAUUGUGAUAUUUUAAGCAAAGUUUUCACUCUUGAAUUGUGUUCUCUUUUCAUACUUGACAAGUAAACUAUGCUAAUAAAGUUGUCUUUGCUCGGUUAUUUCACGAGAUGAUGACGACAUAACAAAAAGUUGGGUAUUCGUGUAUUUGUUUAGCACAAUUUAAGUACGAAACAUAUGUAUUUUAUAGAGGUACAAAAUAUGUUCACGUAUCCGUUUAAUUGUGGAAAGGCUAUAUUUAGCCACGUCAACAUUUUUUAUCAAGACUAGGACUUGUUCUGUUUAGUAUCUACGCUGUUUUCGUUGCCAUAUUUUACAGUUAUAUUGUUCUCUGAAUAUUUUGCACAUUUAUACAUUUUAACAUGAAUAAUCUGCAUGGCAGUUUUUAAUUAGAUUUUUUAACAAAAUCUUACAUUAUAUGUUACAAUCUUUUGAAAGUUCCAAAUAGUAAUUUGUAGACACAAACUGUAUUUUUUAAGCAUAGAUAAUCCAUAUCCUUUUCGAAACUCACUGAUGCAAUUUGUCACAUUUGUGUUGUAUAUGUUAGUCUAAUUCAUAUUAAGACGCUUCCCAUUAUAAGUCGGAAUUCAAUUAGAAGAAUCUUUCCAAAGAAUCAAAAACCCUAAAAUUAUACUGAUGACAAAUUCGGGGACAUGAUAUAGUAUACGUAGAUAGUAAAAAUGAAAUACUACAGUACAGGUAAAAGAUGGUUUGCGAAUUGAUGCCGAUUUCGAUUGCGAUAACCCGAUAUAUAUGUAAAAUAUUUAUUUAGUGUUGCAGGUGUCUCCGAAAAAACACACGGGAUUUUCUGAGAUUCAUUUUUAUAUUUUACAUCACUGUAUUUACACAUAUUGGUUGUUUAUUGCAUUUAUUGUUUAAUUAUUGACUCUUUAAUUAAUAUGUAGGUAUUGAAUACAGGUAAGUAUAGGUUUCUUUAGCUGAGCAACGGGUUCAUGGCGUUUGGCCACAAACCAUGCCCAAGUUGAACUGUUUUCAUACUCAUUAAUUGUUGUCCCGAAAGCACAUGUUUGUAUCUUUUAUUUGUAUCGUGUACAUUUUAAAUAAAUCAAUGAGAAAAU